CAGCCAAUCAGUAUUAAGGGCUCGAACCAGGCAUUUAUGAUUGCAAAUAAUUUGUAGAUUGCAUAUUGCCUGCAAGUAGCCCAAACAGAUAUAAUGUUUGACUGAAACAUAAUCACUUCAAACCUUGCUUACAUUUGUAUACGGUCACGUCUCUCUUUUAUGUGUGUGAAUACUUGGGAACAGAUUUCUUCAAUUAAAAUCACUUGGAGCUCAUUUCCUGUCGUUACAGUCUUUUAUGUCCAACAAUGAAAAUGUGAAGAAAAAAUAAUAUCUCUGAACACUUGAGGGGACAACUAAAAACAUCAGUUGGGGUACCCUGGCCUACUGGCUUGAUAGAGCGAGUGUUGCUGUCCAUGGUUCUGAAAGCGAGCUAAACUUCAAAGCUGAAGCGCCCGGUGUUUAAUGCGCUUUAACGUAUGAAUUGAUUUCUAUGACGCUGUACAAAAGUGUUGUGCUUCAGGAUUGUUUUAAUAUGUCACAUCCCAGAAAAGGUGUAUGUAGAGUAUUUUGAGAAAAUAGCCAGGAAGGUUUACAACGAAUGGAUAAAUAUACAGUUGCAUCAUGUUGCAGCUUGAUCUUAUAGGCGAAACAAUUGCCAUUGACAUUGUAAGCUUAAAGGUCCGUGCUGUAUAUUUAUCCAUUUCACCCGUGUCUACUUGUUUCCAAGGCUGAAAUCUUACUAAGUGCUGUCCAUGGUGCUGCAACAGUUCUUGCUUAUUGCUGAUGAGAGGCAGUGUUCUUUUUAGAUGAAUACUUGUCACUGGUGUAAUGCAAUAGAUGCAAAGUGAAAUUUACGUCAGAGAAAAGUGUUUCAGCAAUCUGGACACUCUCACACUGUUAACCCUUUGGGCUUUGCUUAUCAAUGUCCCUUUUGCGUUUUCACUCGUCCUUGAUUGGUAUGGCUUCUGUCGUUGUUAUCAGAACAUGACAAUCUGAAUAUUUAUUUCAUUAGAUUAGGUUGACAUUUCUUCACCGACUUUCUCUGUGUUUUGCAUUGAAUAGAACGUUUUUCCGUUUAACACACAGGCAUUUUGGGUAGUGAAAAUCCAACACGAUGUGGUCUACUGGAGUUUGUCUCAAUAUUCUAACAAGUGAAAUGAUAAUAACACGUGAAAUAGUAUACAUUCUUAUUUAACAUGAGUAAUAUAGACUAUGUACAACAUUACACAUGGUGUCGCUAUAGACCACAGAAAUUAUAGUAGUCGUUUAUAUUCUAUGACUCCUCCUCUCUGAAUGAGAAAAAGACUUGCGUCAUCAGUCCCGUGAGCUUUGUCAAAAGAAACACUCGAUUGGUGGUGAGACGGAAAUGGCUGGGCUGUUCACGGUCUCUAUAACGGAUUUUUUUAGGUUUCAAUGAUAUGUAACUAUUUACUAUUGGAUUUGUUCAUCUUGUACAAGCAGCGAUGGGUCGUCGAAGACAAAGAGAACGCGUUUGGAUUCAGUGCGUCGCGUUGCUUUGUUUAUUUGACUGGUCUGCAGCGCAGAUCUCUUACUCCGUUUCAGAGGAGGUGGACAAAGGCACGUUUGUGGGGAAUCUGGCUAAGGACUUAAACCUUAAUAUUCAGGAACUGGAGUCGAGGGGUCUAAGGAUUGUAUCAGGACAGAGUAAGAGGUAUUUUGAGGCAAAUUUGAAAACAGGGAUUCUGUACGUAAACGAGAGGAUAGACAGGGAGGAGCUUUGUCCGAAUACGGUAAAGUGCUCUUUAAACAUACAGGCCAUACUGAGCCACCCAAUGCUUCUCCACCGUAUUGAUGUCACUAUUUUAGACAUCAAUGACAAUGCACCAUCAUUCCUCGAGAAAUUGCAUAUACUCAACAUAGCUGAAUCUUCCUUUCCCGGUGAGCGAUAUCCUCUAGCAAUAGCGAAUGACGCAGAUACGGGCAUUAACUCGGUAAAAAGCUACAGGCUGAGCCCGAAUGAACACUUCUCCCUGGAUGUACAGAGCGGUGGAGAGCAGAGUGUGUCUGCUGAGUUAGUGCUGCAGAAAGCUUUAGACCGAGAGAAGCAGCCCGUUAUCCAGCUCACACUGACCGCUAUAGAUGGAGGAAAAUCGCCUAGAUCAUGGACGUUAGUUAUAAUUAUCAAUGUGCAAGACGUUAACGAUAAUAUUCCAGUUUUUAACAAACAGCUUUACAAAUUUCGUGUUACUGAGAACGUGCGAUUUGGUACUAUUGUUGCAGCACUCAAUGCCACAGAUUUAGAUGAGGGAAUUAACAGUGAAAUAGAAUAUUCUCUUAUUGGUCGCGGGAGUUUAAACGCCCCCGAUGUUUUUACCGUUAACUCUGAAACCGGAGAAGUUACUGUGAAGGGGAGUAUAGAUUACGAGAUUAACUCCGCUUUUGAGAUUCGUGUUCAAGCUAAAGACAAAGGCACUCCGCCUCGUAGCACCCACUGCAAAGUAUUAGUUGAGGUUAUUGAUGUCAAUGACAAUUCUCCAGAAAUCUCAGUAACGUCACUCAUGAGUCCAGUGAAAGAGGAUGCUGAGAUAGGGACAGUGGUCGCCUUGGUGACAGUGACAGAUAAAGAUAGUAGUAAAAAUGGCAUCACCAACUGUAAACUUCCUGGGUCUGUUCCUUUUAAACUAAAGUCGAACUAUAAAAAUGAUUAUUCUUUAGUGGUCGACGGGCCUCUUGACAGAGAGAGUGAAUCUCAGUACAAUGUCACUAUCACGGCUACGGAUGAAGGGACCCCGCCUCUCUCCAGCACCAGCGUUAUUACUGUACACGUUUCUGAUGUGAAUGACAAUGCUCCUCGCUUCUCAGAACCCGUGAUGAAUGUUUAUGUGAAAGAGAACAGUCCGGUAGGAGACGUCAUUUAUACAAUUUAUGCAUUUGAUCGAGAUUCCGAAGAAAAUGCAAAGAUUAGGUAUGCAUUAUUAGAUAAAAGGGUUUCAAUAUCAUCAUCCGUUAAUAUAAACUCAGAUACUGGAGAUAUAAUCAGUCUGCAGUCUUUUAACUAUGAGGAGAUACAAACUUUCCAGUUCAAAGUUCAGGCCACAGACUCUGGUGUUCCUCCACUCAGCAGCAACGUGACUGUGAACGUUUUUAUCCUGGAUGAGAAUGACAACAGUCCUGGGAUUCUCGCGCCCUAUUCUGAACACGGCUCCGUUAACGCUGAGAACGUUCCCUAUUCUGCUGAAGCGGGCUACUUUGUGGCCAAGAUCAGGGCUGUAGACGCCGACUCUGGCUACAAUGCGCUGCUUUCAUAUCACAUCUCUGAGCCCAAGGGAACCAACCUCUUCCGAAUCGGAACCAGCACCGGGGAACUAAGGACUAAGAGGCGAAUGAGUGACAAUGACCUGAAAACUCACCCGUUGGUCGUGUUGGUUUCUGAUAACGGGGAACCCUCACUGUCAGCGACUGUGUCUAUUGAUGUAGUGGUGGUUGAAAGUACAGGUGAAAUCCAGACUCAAUUCAGAAAUGUGCCGAGAAAGGAGGAGAACUUCUCUGAUUUGAACUUGUAUUUGUUGAUCGCCAUUGCCUCGGUGUCAGUGAUAUUUUUACUGAGCCUCAUCAGUUUAAUAGCUGUAAAAUGCCACAGGACAGAGGACAGUUUCAGAAGGUACAGCGCCCCAAUGAUCACCACACACCCUGACGGAAGCUGGUCUUACUCUAAAUCUACUCAGCAGUAUGACGUGUGUUUCAGCUCAGACACACUGAAGAGUGACGUAGUGGUUUUCCCCGCUCCGUAUCCACCUGCAGAUGCAGAACUGAUCAGUAUUAAUGGAAAUGACACGUUUAACACGACUCAGACAUUACCCCACAAAGAGGAGCCCAAGGUGCCGAAUUCAGACUGGCGUUACUCUGCCUCACUUAGGACUGGGAUGCAGAGCUCAGUGCACAUGGAGGAGUCGUCGGUGAUGCAGGGAGCCCAGGGGGUUCUGGUCCAGAACUGGCCGACCGUGUCUAGCGCCACCGGAGAUGCUGAGGGUGGAGAGACGUCCCCACCUAUGGGAGCCGGAGUGGAUAGUAACAGCUGGCACUUCCGUUACGGUGCAGGCGGUCCCGGUGGGCCCCCCCAGCACCUGAAGCCUGGCGAGGUCCCCCCCGAAGCCUUCAUCAUCCCCGGAUCCCCCGCAAUCAUCUCAAUCCGCCAGCAGGGAGGAGAGGACGACAAGAGCGACUUCAUCACUUUCGGAAAGAAGGAGGAGGCCAAGAAGAAGAAAAAGAAGAAGAAGGAGAAGAAGGAUAAGAAGGAUAAGGGGAAGGAUGAUGACGAGUAGCGGUGGAGGAGGAAGAGGAAGAGAAGGAAAGGGAGCUGUUAAAACAGAGGUACCAACCAAAGUCCAACUGGUAACAAAAAUAAAAGUAUUUGAGACAACAGGUGAAAAGAGAGAUCCCCAGUUCAACUUCAUUAUCUCUGGCUCAGUAACACAGACAGGCAAACAAAGUCACACUGCCGUCCUCCGCUCGAUACCCACCCCUGGAACAAAGAUAAUAGCCCAGGUCUUUCUAACUCUCUCUGGUAAUAAUUUGGCCUUACCAAGAUUACUGUAGUUUAACGUCUCCUUCAAAUCCCUGUCUUGGGUAAUUGCUUAAUAAUCAUGCCUUGAUGAGAAAAAAUGUAUUGAUACAUUUUCCUCCAUGCCCCCUGGUGCCUGCCUAUACACCCUGAGCCAAAUAAUACCCUCCCACUCCUCUCAGCAAGGGGACAAGAGCUACUGUCUCCCCUUGCCCUCUGCUAUUCACUUUCUCUACCACGGAUACGUUGGCACCUCGGUCUUACCCUUUCCCACCAUGUUGUAUAAUCUCUUUUCUUUGAGACGAAAAGAAAAUCUGAGGACGAGAAGAAAACAGCUCUGUGCCAGCCUCGGAAAAAGAACAAAAAAAGCAAAUGUCAAGAAGAAGAAAAGAAAGUAAAUGGAAGAGGACACAGACAGAGCUAAAUGUUUAGAGCUGGACACUCACACUUGUAAAUAGCACAGGAGAGAGUCGCUAAAGCUGAGGCUAAAUGCUAACAUGACACUGCUGCUGCAGCUUCCUAUCGCGUUCUCUAUCUGUCAGUGUUCCCUGAGACGGCAAGUAAAACAUGGCUGUCAAUGAUACACACAGACACGUUGACACACACCCGCUCACAAACAUGGACACUGAGAACACCUGAGACCUGGAGAGAGGUACAAAAUCUAGGAGCUGCCAACAAACAACAGCGAACAAAUAACAAUACGUUUAAUACAGAACGCAAGCUUUUCCCCCAGCAGCACAGUCUCCUCAGCAGGACACACAUGUACUGUAGAUCUAGCCUCUCGGGAUCGACACAGCCGUAUCCCCUGCAAUUACUCCUGGUUGGUCUGCUCAAUACUCUAUUUUGGGACAAUGAGGUCUCUCUCUCUCAAAGCAGCCAACAGCUCAAUGAGAUCCCUCUCUCUCAAAGCAGCCAACACCUCAAUGAGAUCCCUCUCUCUCAAAGCAGCCAACAGCUCAAUGUGAAGAGAGAGAAAGAGGGAAUGAGAGAAAGGAGGAACACUCUUCAGAUUAUCUUGAGAACGGAAGAGAGGAGUCCAGCUGAGUUGGCCUGUGAUCCAGCUUGUUGAGCAGGGCUCAGUUGGAAACUUGUAGAAUAGCAGGACUGUCUCUAGCUAAAGAUGAUCUCUCCCAUGCCACUCAGCAAAAGCCUGAUGCUUUCUGCUCUGAAUGUUUGGUAGCAACCAUCCUUUACCUGAUACCCAACCUAAUCUCCAUCCUCCCCACUCCCCUGACCUUUCCACCCUCAACCUCACACCACCCCUCAACCCCACCCUCACCCCAACCACAGACUGCUUCUUCACGUGAUGAUGAUGAUGAUGAUGAUGAUGAUGAUGAUGAUGAUGAUGACAUUUGUGAAUCUUUUUCUCUUUUUAUUUGUUCUUGGAGAAGAGCCACAAUUUCCUUCUCUGUUUUGUUAGCUUUAACUGAUCUGCAGUACUCCCCCCCCCCCCGCCCUUCAUCUCUCUCUUUUUCUGGCCAUAGACUCCCCCUCUAACCCCCUGUUCAUUCAGGGUGAACUGGGAAGGCCUAUUCUGAACCUUGUGGUGUGCUGGGGUCAGUAAUAUGUGUGAGGCCUGUAGAACCCAGCCGGUGCCGGUGGUCCAGUAUUCUGUUAGCCAAUGUCAGAUCCCUCUAAGUGCAAAACGGUUGACUGCUUUUAACUUGUGAAUACUACGCUGUUCAUUCCUGUUUGUGGUCACUGGCGAGAGGGGAUGAGGUGGGAUGGGGACAGGGAUGGAGGUCUGGGACAUGGUGCUGAGGGCUAUCCCUGUCCUUCAUGUUCCUGGGUAAACAUAUAUGAAAACAGUAGGUCACCCAUUGGCUUUUAUGUACACGAUAAAUGUAGAUUUAGACUUGCUUUUCAUACAUGAACUUUGCAUUAAUAAAUGCGAUGUGUAACCUAAUUAUUACAUUAUUAAUGACUAAAUACGAGCAUCUAAGGAUUCCUACCCCACAGCUCUAUCCCACCAAUCCUCUCUCAGGAGGUUUUGUGAGGGGGCGGAGACAUGCUUCAGCCCUGCUUCUAUUGGUUCCCCCUUGCCUGUAAGUUGUUGCCACCCCCCCCCCCCCCCCCAAGUUCUGCAGCUCAGUAUGACUUCACUCCACUAAAGUGGCUGCUGCAUGUAAGUCUCAAAGGAAACAUAGUAUAUAGAGAAAUAUAUAUAUAUAGAAAUAGAUGGCUAUGAUUUUAUUAUUUUCUAUUAUCAUUUUACUUCAUGACUCGCAAAGGAGAUAUUUGUGUGUACCUUGUGCAUAUGACAUCCUACGCACUCCACAGUGGUGUUAUACGUGAACUAAACCUCUUAGAUAUUUGUAAAUGCUAUAGUGUGAUGGCCUUGAAUGCAACUCUGUUCUUUUUGUUUUACCAAAAUAUCAUUUUCGUUUUUGAGAACAAGCAAAGAAAAGGAAAUAAAAAAUAAAAAAAUGAUAAUAAUAUGUUUUGUGUCCGGCUUUGACAUGAUGCUCUACCUAACACUAAUAUUGUAAUUGAAAUAUGUAUGAUCCUGUGUUGAGCUAUAUUUUCCCUUCCACCCCCUUUCAACAGAUAAAAAAAUAAAAAAAUGACAGAAAAAAAAGUCCAAUGUAAAAAUGGUAUAUGUAGUGUAUGCUUGUGUUUAGUGAGCGUUCACGCUGUCAUUCAUUAUUUAGAGUACGGUGGUGACAAAUGGUGGUGCUGUCCUGGCCUACUGGGCAGUACUGAUCUGUUGUAAAACCUUUUUUUGUACACCUGCUCAUCUACUAUGACUGUAAAAUUGUGAAAUUGCAUUUCUUUCUGUUUUUUUAUUUGCCCUAAAUGGAUACAGUGGUAAUGUGUUUUGUUUAUAAAUCACUAAAUAAAGUUUUCUUUCAUAAAAAUGAGA